CCUCCCAUCCCAUGUUUUUUCAACUUGCAUGUGUGGUUUGAAUGUGCAAGCAUUUGUGUGUGGUGUGUUCUGGAGUUUGGGAAUGUGUUUUGUGUUAUUCUGUCUGAGCAGGUAUUUGUGAUGAUAGAUCUUGAGAAGAUCUUUCCGACGCAACAAGAAUCGCUUCAAUCGGAGCAAGAACGCGAAAGCUAUGAAGAUUCAAAGUUCAUGAGCUUGCGUUACAAUUGCGGCGGUUACAAAGUGAAGUUGUGGGGUGACUUUAUAUGGAGUUGGGACCUUUGGGGUUGGGGAAACUUGUCACUCUACUGUAACAGCUGCAAAUUGGUUGGGAACAACCAAGCUAGGUUGGCAAGGGUGGCCAACUUGGAUGGAUUGGUUGGGAAGGGACAAAGGUCAAAGUUGAGGUUCCUAUAGGGAGGGAAUCUUUGUGCUUAUGGGGUUUCCUUGGUUGGGGACUCUCUUGGGACCUUCCCUCUCAUCCUUCUCUUCCUAUCCCAACCUUUCUCUUGCUCCUUCUAAUUCCUUGUGAGAUUCUUGAACUUUGAUUGAACCUUUGAGAUUGACAAGAUCAAUGGACACCUGAGUGGCUAAGGCAGCAGAUUCUGCAGGAGGACUUCCGCAGACGCCAUGUGGGAGGCGGUGCUGCCACUAAGACUGCUGAGGGGUAUGGAGCUGCAGGGCGCGGCAGAGGAAGAGGGGGUUGGAAAGGCCGAGGCCGUGGGAGAAGCUUUGGCAGAGGUAGAGGCCGAGGUGACUAUAAUGAGGGGCAUGGGAGCUCCAGUGGCAGGGGGAGUACCAGAAUGGAGGGCACCUGCUGGUACUGCAAGAAGGUCGGGCAUCCUUGGUUCAAAUGAGGUGCAGCAGCCUUCAAGACAGGUGGAGGUUGCAGUGUCAGAGGAGGAGAUGUCUGGGCCAGAGGGGGAGAUUGUUGUGUGAUGUCAUCAUAUGCUAUCACAUUCUGUCUGCCUCCCAUCCCAUGUUUUUUCAACUUGCAUGUGUGGUUUGAAUGUGCAAGCAUUUGUGUGUGGUGUGUUCUGGAGUUUGGGAAUGUGUUUUGUGUUAUUCUGUCUGAGCAGGUAUUUGUGAUGAUAGAUCUUGAGAAGAUCUUUCCGACGCAACAAGAAUCGCUUCAAUCGGAGCAAGAACGCGAAAGCUAUGAAGAUUCAAAGUUCAUGAGCUUGCGUUACAAUUGCGGCGGUUACAAAGUGAAGUUGUGGGGUGACUUUAUAUGGAGUUGGGACCUUUGGGGUUGGGGAAACUUGUCACUCUACUGUAACAGCUGCAAAUUGGUUGGGAACAACCAAGCUAGGUUGGCAAGGGUGGCCAACUUGGAUGGAUUGGUUGGGAAGGGACAAAGGUCAAAGUUGAGGUUCCUAUAGGGAGGGAAUCUUUGUGCUUAUGGGGUUUCCUUGGUUGGGGACUCUCUUGGGACCUUCCCUCUCAUCCUUCUCUUCCUAUCCCAACCUUUCUCUUGCUCCUUCUAAUUCCUUGUGAGAUUCUUGAACUUUGAUUGAACCUUUGAGAUUGAGUUAAG